CAUUAACUAAAGCGUCUUUUCCAUUGAUCAGAAAACCUCCUCCAGACCGUUUUCCACCCAAGUUCCAGCUGUCUACGCCUUGACGAAUAUUUGUAUUUACGUAGAGCUCUAAAACACAAAGAUCAGUUUGAAUAAUUUGAUUUUGAUCACACAAAGCCGGAGGGUAACUCGACUCAAUUCAUGUUUGAACAAACCACUUCUGAAUCUCCGUGUCAGGAAAAAAAACAACUGAAACAAUUCUUUAUCUCAAAGGAAUGAUGGUAUUUUCGUAAUACGCUUCAGCUGAAGCUGACGAAUGAAGUUAAGGAAAAAAUAUUUAUCCAAGAAUUUAAAUGAGAUGGACUGUAAAUAAUGGACGAAGAUGUCUCCCUCAAGGAAGAGAAAACUUAUAUUCCUGGUUGACGUAUUGCUGGGAUUUACUUUAUCAAAAGGUAUUGCGGCAAGUGAUGCAAGACUCAGUGCCGAAAAGAGACUUCACAAACGGCUUUUUAAUGAGAGCUAUUACAGCGUCGACCUUUUGCCGCGGCAUAACCUCUCUACUACCAUUAACGUCCAGUUUGCACUCGAGCUCAUCAAAAUUGUUGAAGUGAACGCUAAAGAGCAAUCAAUGACAGUGUAUGGUUGGGUUAGACAGAAAUGGGAGAACCCUUCCUUGCGGUGGAACAAGUCUGAAUUUGACGGAAUAGACAGAAUUUUUGUGGAGCCAAAGAGGGUCUGGGUCCCGGAUAUUCUUCUUUAUAACAACAAAGACGAGCAAGAUCACUUUGGCGGUGGAAGGACUAGCUAUCGGAGCGGUAUCACUCUCUUCUUCAAUGGCACCAACGUGUGGUUCAACCCAAUGAUAUUCAACGUCCUUUGCAGAGUAAAAGUAACGUAUUUUCCAUUUGAUAAUCAAACAUGUAAACUCAAGUUCGGUUCCUGGAUGCACGACGCCACUACCUUUGACAUAACUCCCAUAAAAAAUUUGACAUUUCCAACCAAGGAUUACCAAGAAAAUGGAGAAUGGGAAAUUUAUAAGGUGAAGAUGAAGCGAAACAUAGAGCACUACCAAUGUUGUGAAGAGCCCUUCGUUGACAUUACGGUGACGAUCGAAAUGGGAAGGGAGAGUAUGGACUAUUUCAUUAAUUACAUUGUUCCCUGCUGUCUAAUUUCCUCCAUGAUUUUUCUUGGUUUUAUUUUGCCACCUGAAUCGGGAGAACGGAUCGGUUUAAGCAUUACCGUGUUGUUGGCAAUGACUGUGUUCCAGCAACUUACCUCAGAGAUCAUGCCAUCUUAUGACUUUCCUAUCCUGGGUCAGUAUUACUUUGCUAUUAUCUUGGAGAUCGGUGCCUCGGUUGUGGUGACCACGACGAUUUUGAACUUUUAUCACCGGACGAAUCGUAGGAUGCCAAGAUGGAUGAGAACACUUGUCAUAGAGUGGAUGGCAACCAUAGUGUUCCUGAGGGAUACUCCGGAGAAAAGAAAAAUCCAGCGACGAAAAUCCAGCAGAAGAAGCCGAAGACGAAAACAGCAAAGCAUUAUUAACGACGUUUGCAAAAGAUCCUUCAAAAAGAAACAAGAGGAAAUGAAAGACCAGCACAACCAGGGAUUUAACGUAACAUUUGGUGACACCAUUUACUGUGGUCCUUCCAAUACCGAGUCCUUAGGUGCAGAAAUGGAAAAUCUUGGAAUCCAGCUCAAUUAUGGUGUAAACAAAUAUCCUUUCAAGAGCUCUAAUGAAACGCUGGACGAUCAGCUUAAGAAAAAAGAGGAAGCACGGCCUUACAUGGAUGACAAUGAAGCCUUAAGCGAAGACGAGUUGGCCAUACGUCACUGGGAGUGGACUCUUGUCGCAAGGAUUCUGGAUCGGUUCUUCCUUGUGAUAGCAGUAAUUUGUGGUAUAGUAACAGUUGCUGCGAUAUUUUUGCGCGCACCGAAGUUAUGGUCUGAUUUUAAGAUGCUAUCAAUCGAUAACCCUGAACCGUUGGUCGACGAAUAGAACUCAUUCAACUGCUUCGUAAAUGACAUGCGCUUUAGCCAGUACGAUUAAAAUAAACAUUAGAUCUGUUUUGACUUAGGCAUAGAGUAAAGUGGUCUCGCGGCCAGGUGGAUGUGUUACCUGCCCAAAUUAAGGCAAAGAAUCCUAGUAUCAUGACUGCUAGCCCUAAUAAUAUGGGCAAUACGUUCAAAUCUUAUGGAAAUAGAAUAGCUGUAUACUGAUCACCCUGGAAGACUGUUCUCACGGACUGUUGGCGUCGGGACAAUUAGUUAAGUAAAUGCUUGGUAGCGAGUUUUUGGGAAAGGUUACCAAACAAGGCGUGGUAGAUGCGGCAAGCGUCAACAUUUCGACAAAGCGAGUCUUUUUGCGCACCCCCUGUUGGAGGGUAUCAAUACGGUUAACCGUCAGCCGUAAACCGGCCAAAAAAUUCAGCCGUUAACCAUAAGAAUUGACAAAGUUUAACCGUUCGUCGUAAAAAAAAUAAAACCGUAAAAAAUUUAUCUGAUGACUUCUUUGGAAAGAUAUUAACCGUUAGCCAUAAAUUGGCCUAAGGCUUAGAAAAAGUAAAAGCCUCACCCCAUGAGACCAUCUCCCACCCCUGUACUUUACAUAGUCUUACUUAAUCAGUUUGUAUCGAAUUUGGGCUGCUGUGGCGAACUUGACCCAAAUUUUUGCCAAUAAGCGAAUUAAAUAGUGACUUUACUUUGUUAAGACUGUAUUUGCACAGUGAAGCCUUAAAGUGUGGAAAAACUGCGCAAGCACAAUGCUAUAAAGAUUUGACCAGGCGAGACCAUCAAGAAGAAUGGCAAAUAGGUAAAAAAGCGUUGAUGAAAAUUUAAGCAAAAUUUUUAGUUAUAUGGUAGUAUCCAACAAGAUUUACAAACAUCUAUCAAAAUAUCAUACUGAAUGUAAUAAUUGCAUAAUGCCUGUAAUUCUUUCAAUCUCCUGAUAUGAUCUACUGAGAGCAACAAUAGUUGCUUUUAUAUAAUGAGCUGAAUUAUAAACGAGUUUUUUUUGGUUUGUACUUAUGAUCUAGAGGAAGACAGACGCAUAGAUAGCGUCACCAUGGACAAUAAUUUGCCCGCAAUAAUACAAAAAACAAAUAGA